AUCAGUCACAUACAGCCGAAUGCUUUUAAAGGCCUUGACAAUUUAUAUUCCUUCUUAACUGGCCGUGAUUAUUUAUGCUGCAUGGUACCCGCUAAAGUUAAAACCUGCAUUCCAACCAUGAAUUCAGAAACAUUAUCAUCCUGUCAACAACUCUUAGCUCAUAGCUCAUUGCAGGCAUUUAUUUGGAUUAUUGGUAGCCUUGCUUUAAUAGGUAAUCUCAUCGUAUUAAUUCAAAAUUAUUCACAAAAGCGACAGAGCAGAAAUCAUAUAGCAAUAUAUUUGGUCAACAAUCUUGCCAUAUCAGACCUUCUGAUGGGCUUCUAUCUACUUAUCAUCGCCAUCGCGGAUAUAGUCCUUUCUGUAAAGAUUUAUGGACCAAUUUCUGAAUCGUGGCUAUUACAUCCUUUAUGCUAUUUAGCUUGUAGUUUGGUGAUUGCUUCUAGCUAUACAUCGGUUUUAAUCAUGGUUAUUAUUACCGUUGAUCGCUAUAUCAGCAUAGUCACUCCAUUUUCAAACCGCCAAUUUACGAUGAAAUUGGCUUAUACUCUCAUGACUGCCGUAUGGUGUAUAGGAAUUAUUUUUUCAAUUCUACCUACUUGGUUUAGCGUCCAGCAGCCAGGCUACUUACGCAUUUAUACCUAUAACAGCAUGUGUAUGCCGAACAACUAUGAAAAUAUUUAUUACAUGAUGUGGAUGAUUUGGUAUUUACUCAUUACCUUCAUAGCUUGGAUCAUCAUGAUUGCGUUAUACUCUCGUAUUUAUGCCUCAGUAAGAUCAAGCGCUAAACGUGUUCAAAGAUCGUCAACGAGAGAAAAUAAAAUCCUAGCGAUACGUUUAUCUUUCAUAUUACUAUCCGAUUUAUUGUGUUGGCUACCUUAUUACUACGUUAAUCUAGCAGGUUUAAUUGAAAUUGGCAGGGUGGAUGUUAUUACAUUACAGUUCAUUGGCAUUUUUACAUUACCGAUCAAUUCUGCAGUUAAUCCAUUCUUGUACACUUUGACUAAUGUUGAUAACCUAAAAAGAAUAUUUUGCGUCGGCCAUAAUCGCGUCCAUACCUUGCGAUAG